GCAGAGCGUCCGGCGGAGCCUAGAGGCCGUGCUGGCUGGUGGCAGCAGCCGGGUACCCAGGGUUGGGCCUGGCGCGCAGGCGCUGACCCGACUAGGCAGUGAGCGGCCGCGGCCUUGGUUGCUAGGCCUUAACCCGGCCAGCGGCCGCGCCCUGCGUGUGGGUGGGCCGCGGGCGGGGUAGGAGCUUGGGCGGGGUAGGAGCUUACGCGGGGCGGCGACGAUGGACGCCUUAGAAGAGAGCUUUGCGCUCUCUUUCUCCUCUGCCUCUGAUGCAGAAUUUGAUGCCGUGGUUGGAUAUUUAGAGGACAUUAUCAUGGAUGACAAGUUCCAGUUACUACAGAGAAAUUUCAUGGACAAGUACUACCUGGAGUUUGAAGACACAGAGGAGAAUAAACUCACCUACACUCCUAUUUUUAAUGAAUACAUUUCUCUGGUAGAAAAAUAUGUUGAAGAACAGCUGCUGGAGCGGAUUCCUGGAUUCAACAUGGCAGCUUUCACCGUAACAUUACAGCAUCAUAGAGAUGAAGUGGCUGGUGACAUAUUCGACAUGCUGCUCACCUUUACAGAUUUUCUGGCUUUUAAAGAAAUGUUUUUGGACUACAGAGCAGAAAAAGAAGGCCGAGGACUGGAUUUAAGCAGUGGCUUAGUGGUGACGUCGUUGUGCAAAUCAUCAUCUGUGCCAGCUUCCCCGAACAAUCUGCGGCACUAGGUCCUGCCCCCAGCCAAUGAAUGGGAUCAUUCUGGAUGUCACUGGCCCAAUAGGCUCAGCUGAUGAUGACAGAAUACAUCUUAAAAAGACUGACUCUGUUAUGUAACUCUUUGUGUAUGUUAAGUAUUGAUAGGUCAAAAUCAAAAUGACCUAACCCCUCCUGGACCUGUUUCUCCUGAAACACCUUGUAUUCAUUUACCAUAGUAUUCCUCUUCUCCUCAAGUAGACACCUCUCUCAGGAGCUUCUGAGUCAGGCACUCCACCUGGGGGGGCCCUUCCCCCAGCACACUUGCUGGUGUGUGAGUGUGGACUAACCUGCCGUCACCACCCGCUAUCCCAGCAGGCUCUGCAUGAAUCUUUCUGUGCACUUGCACCCCUUUUUCACAUGGGUCAUGGUUUCAGUACUGCAGCCUCAGUGGAGUUCCUGAUGUUUAUCUAGGGUGUUACUCUAGCUCAUCUCGAGAUUUCGGGAUCUCCUGUGAUCACAGCUUUUCUCAGCUGUAGGAACCAACAGAAAGAGAGGUCCUCUGCAUAAAAGCUCCGCUUGAAAAGCCACCCCUAGUCCUAACAUUUCCAGUCAUAGUGUCACUGUCUUCUGGUUCUGAUUUAGUCCCCACUGUUUCUAGAAGUCUCUUUUAAGCAUUAUUUUUGAAAAAAAAAAUAUUUUUAUAGAUGAAUACUCAGGCUAACCUAGUGGAUGUGAUCUUGGAACUUCCAUGAUUAUCCACGUAAAAGAUCAAAGUAUUAUAUGCUGUGAGCUUUUUAGGUGUUAGUGCUGUGAAGGCAAAAAUGCUUUCUACAUUCACGUUCGUUCCUGUGUUACUGGGCACCGAUGAAUGUAUGCUGUGUGCUAGAAAUAGACUAACGCAGAUUCUUACAGCA